AUGGCAAUUCUACCCUUACCCGAAGAUAGCGUCCGUAGGCUGGGCUCGACUCUUGUCAUCACCAGUCCCGUCGCCGUGCUCAAAGAGCUGUUGGACAAUGCCAUAGACUCGGGAGCUACGACGAUUGACGUACUAACCUCGUCAAACACUGUGGACAAGAUCGAAGUCCGGGACAAUGGUCAUGGCAUCAAUACUCGCGAAUUUGACUGCCUUGGUCGGCUAGGCCACACCAGUAAGAUCAGGUCAUUCGAGGAACUCGACACUCUAGGUGGGAAAACACUAGGCUUUCGUGGGGUGGCCCUGGCGAGCAUCACGGCGCUGGGAAAUGUUUCGAUUACGACUCGAGUCUCAUCCGAACCUGUUGCGACCAUGGUCUGCCUCGCUAAGCAGGGCGGUGUUAGUACACAGCGGCAUGCUGCUGCCCCAGUUGGCACCACGGUCACAGUCACUGGUCUGUUCUCCCAUCUCCCUGUCAGACUACAGAUCACCCUCAAGGAAUCACACAGAUACUUGGCGAGAAUCAAGGAUAUCCUUCAGUCUUAUGCCUUAGCAGAGCCUGAUAUAAGACUACGAUUUGCCGUUAUCAAAACCCCUGGUUUGUCGUGGACUUAUUCACCACAUUCAAAUGGGGGUAUCAAGGAAGCAGCCACCCAGCUCUUCGGCAUUGAGCUGGCCUCACAAUUCGUUUAUCAAGUAUAUUCCAGCUCGAAUCCUCAGCAGCAGAGUGGACCUCUCGCAGAUAUGAGCAAUCCUGAUCAGCUGGCGGCGCAAACACCGGUCACGGCGAUGUUCGAGGCACUUGUACCGAAACCGACGGCCGACUUUCUGAAGAUUACCGGAGGGGCGUUUUUGUCUAUUAAUAAUCGUCCCAUUUCUGCAACACGAGGAACUCCUAAAAAGCUCGUUUCUCUUUUUAAACAGCAUCUGGAACGACACUUUGUUGGGGGCCGGCACGGAUCGGCCGUGAGAGAUCCAUUCCUUGUCUUAAAUAUUCGGCUGCCGCCGGGCAGUUACGAUGUCAACGUUGAAGCCUCCAAGGAUGACGUGCUGUUUAGAGAUGAACAACACAUACUCGACCAAUUCGAUGCGUUCAUUUCAACUGUCUAUGCCACCGGCGGGCAGCACCCACUGGUCACAACAUCCGAAGCUACCUCGCUGAUAGAGGUUGAGCGGCGUGCUCAGGCAGCGCUGGGAACUCCAGCCCAGUGUUCGUCUCCACAACAACAGGAUGCUACUCCGGGAUGGAGAGUUGAUAUGUCUACGGGAGUUGAUGGGAUGAGCGACGGUGAUGACGGCGACGACCUUGAAACCCGAGCAACCCGCCAACCGCAACCUCGCGCCGACAUUGAGAAUGAGAUUGGUGACCGGAACAACGAAGCACAUUUGAGAGAAGGUUUAAACCCUUGGUCUCUCGCCAAAAUCACUGGCACCAACAAACACGAUACGCCUGUAACUGGAAGUACCCAGUCGCAACAUAGUGUUGAGCGUCAACCGCAAGAGCAUGUCAUUGCAAUACACGGCCAGGACGGAGCUUCACCAGAAAGGAGGCAACGUCAUUCCCUAAAUAGCCAACCGGAACCCCGAACGGGCCAUUCUAGUCAAGUUGGAAAUCCGGCGUCCCAGGGUCGGCCGCUACGGGACUUAUUCGAACACAAGCCCCGAGGACCUAGGAUAGGCUUUACUCAGCCACGAGGGCGGCAGGGCGUACCUUCCCGUCGCUCGAGACUCCGAAGCCCCCCAACGUCGUUCCCACCUGGGUAUGACCGCGGAGAGAAUGGCUCGAGGGAGCCUUGCCAUAUGGGGGGCGCGGCUCGGUCAGCUCGGUCAGUCCAGUCCCAGAUAUCGUUUAACGGGAACAGCAAGCGGCCAGAACCCCGUUUCGAAACCCACUUGAACCCAACCCAGCGGGAGUUCGGUACUUCACGGGUGGGAAAGCGCCUAGGAGGCCCGGCGCGGACAAAGCUAGCGGACCCGUAUGAUUUGGACGUUACAACGGCCAGUCCCACGCAGAAACGACGCCAGAUACACACCCGUGAAGUCCCUGCUUCCUAUCCGCGUGUUUUUCCAAGUGUUAUCAACACGGAGGAGGGCACAAUGGGAACUAGAGCUAGGGAAACCAUCGAUGGUAGUACAGCGCAACCCCGCCUACCAUCAGACGACCCAAGAGCACAGUUCAUUACCCAUGGGCGUCUCGUGACGAACAGCGGGCAUAAAUCACUUAGGCGGCUCAACACGGAACAACUGCCCCUAGAAGUGACUCCCCGCGACUGCGAGACGUGUGCUCUGCUGUUGAGUAUGACAACGGACUCGUCCAGCUUGGAGCAGCUCAUUCCUAAAGCAUCUCGGUUCGAUAGUUGGUUGGUUGACGGAGAACUGAUGGGCUCCUUGCCGAAGGAGCUGAAUCUCACAGCAUCGCUGAGCUAG